CCACUUCUUCCCUCCCUUGGAGCCGCAGUCAAAAACCUCAGUGGGGAGGGACGGACGGCGUGGCUGAGCCCUACAUAACCCGCCCCGGGCGGGCUGGCGAGGCGAGCUUCACAACCAGGCUCCCCAACCCGCGUCGCGCAAGGGACGCGGUGGCCGCAGAGCCUGAGGGUCACUGGACACGCCGGGGCUCUGAGCGGGCGCCCACCAUGCGCCCCCGGACUGCGCCCAGGACGCCCGUGUUGCUGCGGCUGCUCCUGCUGGUGCUCCUGGCAGCGGCGCCAACGACAGGCAAGGGAUGUGUCUGUAAAGACAAAGGCCAGUGCUUCUGUGAUGGGAUCAAAGGGGAGAAGGGGGAGAAAGGCUUUCCUGGACCUGCUGGUUCUCCUGGCCAGAAGGGAUUCCCAGGUCCCGAAGGCUUGCCUGGACCACAGGGACCCAAGGGCUCACCAGGACUCCCAGGAUUCACUGGUCCCAAAGGUGUGAGGGGAAUAACAGGAUUGCCAGGAUUUUCAGGUCCUCCUGGACUUCCAGGCACCCCGGGCCAUCCUGGGCCCUAUGGACCUGCCGGUGUCCCAGGAUGCAAUGGUUCUAAGGGUGAGCGAGGGUUUCCAGGCCUUCCGGGGACACCAGGGUACCCAGGGAUCCCGGGUGCUAUUGGUUUGAAAGGAGAAAAGGGUGCCCCUGCUGCAGAAGAUAUAGAACUUGAUGGAAGAGGUGACCCUGGGUUUCCAGGAGUUCCGGGAUUCCAGGGUUUGCCAGGCCUUCCAGGCUUUCCGGGUCCUGUUGGCCCACCUGGCCCUCCAGGAUUCUUAGGCUUUCCAGGACCCAUGGGACCUCCAGGACCUAAGGGUCACAUGGGCGAUAAUGUGAUAGGACAAAAAGGAGAGCAGGGUGUAAAAGGAUUAACAGGACCCCCUGGACCACCAGGAACGGUUAUUGUGACACUAACCGGCCCGGAUAACAGAACGAACCUCAAAGGGGAGAAGGGAGACAAGGGAGCCAUGGGGAAAUCUGGACCUCCUGGACCCUCGGGACCUCCUGGAGAAUCUUAUGGAUCUCAAAAGGGUGCUCCUGGAGAACCUGGCCCACAGGGAAAACCCGGCAAAGAUGGUGCCCCUGGUUUCCCCGGCACUGAGGGAGCCAAAGGCAACAGGGGCUUCCCUGGGUUACGGGGUGAAGACGGCAUUAAGGGGUGGAAAGGGGACAUUGGCCCUCCAGGAUUUCGUGGUCCAACAGAAUAUUAUGAUGCCUACCAGGAAAAAGGAGAUGAAGGACUUCCAGGCCCACCAGGCCCUAAAGGAGCUCGUGGCCCACAAGGUCCCCGUGGCUCUCCUGGGGUUCCUGGAAUUGCUGGGUCAUCAAGGCCUGGCCUCAGAGGAGCCCCUGGACCUCCAGGCGUGAAAGGAAGUAAAGGGGAACGAGGGCCCCCAGGAAAGAAUGCAGUGGGGCCUCCCGGGCCCCCGGGUUGUCCUGGCUCGCCAGGACCUAUAGGGUUGCCAGGAUAUCCAGGACCACCAGGUGACAUCGUUUUUCGCAAAGGUCCACCUGGAAGUGGUGGAUUCCCAGGCCUUAUAGGGUUUCCAGGAAUCCCAGGAGCUGAUGGUCCCAAAGGGGAACCUGGCCUCUUGUGUAUACAAUGUCCUUGUAUCCCAGGGCCCCCAGGCCUCCCAGGACUGCCAGGGUUGGACGGCAUAAAAGGAAUCCCAGGAGGCCAAGGGGCAGCUGGCAUUAAAGGAAGCCCAGGGUCCCCGGGAAGUGCGGGUCUUCCAGGAUCUCCAGGAUUCCUGGGUGCUCCGGGGGAUCCAGGACUUAAAGGAGAAAAAGGUGAAGCAUUGCAGCCUGAGGGAGAAGUGGGUGCCCCAGGGGACCCUGGGCUCAGAGGGCAUCCUGGAAGAAGGGGCUUGGAUGGAAUUCCUGGAACUCCCGGGAUCAAAGGAUCACCAGGACCCAAAGGUGAACCGGCCCUGAGUGGUGAGAAGGGUGACCAGGGUCCUCUGGGGGAUCCUGGCAUCCCUGGGUCUCCAGGACCUGCAGGACCACCUGGACCAGCAAACUAUGGACCACGGGGAGAACCUGGUCCAAAGGGCACCCAAGGAGUUCCUGGAGCCCCUGGACCACCUGGAGAAGCCGGUCCUAAGGGAGAAUUCAGUAUUUCGACACCAGUCCCAGGGCCACCAGGACCUCCAGGGCCCCCUGGCCGUGCUGGCCCCCAAGGUCCACCCGGUAUCCCUGGAUCCAGAGGAAAAUGUGAUCCAGGUCUUCCUGGGCCUGAUGGUGAACCAGGAAUUCCAGGAAUCGGCUUCCCUGGGCCCCCUGGACCUAAGGGAGAGCAAGGUUUUCCUGGAGUAAAAGGAGCACCGGGUUGUCCAGGAGAAAUGGGGAAGCCCGGGCCACCCGGAGAACCAGGUCUCCCAGGAGCCAAGGGAGAACCAGGACUAGCCAUGCCUGGACAACCAGGAACACCAGGUUUUCCAGGAGAAAGAGGCAUUUCUGGGGAAAAUGGAGAAAUUGGAUUCCCUGGACCUCCAGGUCUCCCUGGAAUUCCAGGAACUGGAGGGGUUGGUGGACCCCAAGGGGAUCCAGGGAAGCCCGGACCACCUGGAGAAAAAGGAUCCCCAGGAAUGUGCACAGAAGGUCCCAGGGGAGCCCAAGGACUUCCAGGAUUAAAUGGAUUGGAAGGGCAACCGGGCAGAAGAGGUGAAACAGGGCCAAAGGGAGACCCAGGUAUUCCAGGCUUGGAUAGGUCAGGCUUUCCUGGAGAACCUGGACCACCAGGAAUGCCAGGUCAUCGAGGUGCAAUGGGACCACGUGGUCAAAAAGGAUAUCCAGGAAAUCCAGGAUUUUUAGGACCACCAGGUGAAAAAGGAAUGAUGGGGAUGAUGGGCUAUCCAGGAGAUGCUGGCCCUCCUGGGCCCCCUGGGAACCCAGGCGCCCCAGGACGGAGGGGUAGCUUUGGAAUUCCAGGAGCAAAGGGUGAGAAAGGGCCCCCAGGAACCAAGGGGGAAGAAGGAGAUAAAGGACCUCGGGGGCCUUCUCAGAUAUCCACUUUGCUGGGGGACAGAGGAGAACCAGGCCUCAAAGGAUUUGCCGGAAAGCCUGGUGAAAAAGGAAACAGAGGCAUUCCAGGGUUACCAGGUUUAAAAGGACCGGAAGGACCACCUGGACCACCAGGUCCACCAGGUCCCAGAGGGGAUUCAGGCAGCAUUGGGAAUCCUGGACAACCAGGACCGCAUGGUGGGCCAGGAAGCAUGGGCAACAUGGGGGUGCCAGGUCCUAAAGGACACAGGGGAGCUUUGGGACUACCAGGUUUAACCGGAAGACCGGGUCUCCCGGGUGUUCACGGUCUCCGAGGAGAUAAGGGAGAGCCAGGUUAUUUGGCAGGUACAAGGCCAGGACCACCGGGACCAAAGGGAGAUCCAGGAUUGCCAGGUGACAUGGGAAGGAAAGGAGAAAGAGGGCUACCUGGCACCCCUGGACAUCUGGGGCCUGCUGGAACUGAGGGAGCCCGUGGAAAUCCCGGGAGUCCUGGCCACCCAGGAGAGCCAGGCCCUGAUGGUGAUUUGGGGUUAAAAGGCAUCAAAGGCUUCCCUGGUUCUCCAGGAGUCAAAGGCCCUCCAGGACCUCCAGGAUACCCAGGACCUCCUGGACCAAUGGGUAUGAGAGGCAGCCAGGGACGUGAUGGAAUUCCUGGUCCAGCCGGAGAAAAGGGAGAAACAGGUUUGCUGGGGGCACCUCCAGGCCCAAGAGGGAGUCCCGGUGUUCCAGGACCCAAAGGAGACAGGGGCGCCCCGGGCUUACCUGGCCUCCCGGGCAGGAAAGGGGCAGUGGGAGACACCGGCCCUCAGGGACCCACUGGCAUAAUGGGACUCCUAGGGCCACCAGGUUUUCCUGGAGCAAUCAUCCCUGGCCAGAAAGGAAAUCGAGGCCCACCUGGCUUCAGAGGAAUCCCAGGUGAGCCCGGUCCUCCGGGACCUCCAGGGAGCCAUGUAAGAGGCAUCAAAGGAGACAAGGGAAUCAUGGGUGAGCCUGGCCCCAGGGGUCUGCCUGGAACUAUAGGAGCCGAAGGGCCACCGGGUCCACCAGGAGCACCAGGAAGCCCAGGUCUGCCAGGGCUCAGAGGUGAUCCUGGAUUCCAUGGAUUUCCAGGUGUGAAAGGGGAGAAGGGUAAUCCGGGAUUUCUGGGACCAGCUGGACCUCCAGGGCAAAUUGGGCCCAAAGGACCACCCGGUGUACGUGGAGACCCUGGCACGGUUAAGAUCAUCUCCCUUCCAGGGAGCCCAGGACCACCUGGCCGUGCUGGAGGACCAGGGAUGCAAGGAGAACCCGGGCCACCGGGGCCACCGGGAAUCCUAGGACCCUGUGGGCCAAGAGGUAAGCCAGGCAAGGAUGGAAGACCAGGAACUCCUGGGCCAAUUGGAGAAAAAGGCAACAAAGGUUGUAAAGGAGAGAAAGGACCACCUGGAUCAGAUGGACUGCCAGGCUUGAAGGGGAAACCUGGACACAUUGGACCUCCUGCAACUGGGCCAAUGAAGAGAGGCUUCGUCUUCACCAGGCACAGUCAGACGACAGCGAUUCCCUCCUGUCCAGAAGGGACAGAGCCGCUCUAUAGUGGAUUUUCUUUUCUUUUUGUACAAGGAAAUGAACAAGCCCAUGGACAAGACCUGGGAACUCUAGGCAGCUGCCUGCAGCGGUUUACCACAAUGCCAUUCUUGUUCUGUAACAUCAACGAUGUAUGUAAUUUUGCAUCUCGAAAUGAUUAUUCAUACUGGCUGUCAACACCAGCUCCGAUGCCAAUGGACAUGGCUCCAAUUACUGGCAGGGCCCUGGAGCCUUAUAUUAGCAGAUGCACUGUCUGUGAAGGUCCUACAAAUGCCAUCGCCAUUCACAGCCAAACCACCGCCAUUCCCUCCUGUCCCAAUGGCUGGAUUUCUCUCUGGAAAGGAUUUUCGUUUAUCAUGUUCACAAGUGCAGGUUCUGAGGGUGCUGGGCAAGCUCUGGCCUCCCCUGGCUCCUGCCUGGAAGAAUUCCGAGCCAGUCCAUUCAUAGAGUGCCAUGGAAGAGGAACGUGCAACUACUAUUCAAAUUCCUACAGUUUCUGGUUGGCUUCAUUAAACCCCCAAAGAAUGUUCAGAAAACCUAUUCCGUCAACUGUGAAAGCUGGGGAGUUAGAAAAAAUAAUAAGUCGCUGUCGGGUGUGCAUGAAGAGAAGACAAUGAAGAAAUCAAAAGAAAACAGAACUGUUCUUUUUCAUCCUAAAUAACCAAGUAAUGAUGCAGAAUAUGCAUUUAUUUUGGUAUUUUUCUCUAACCAAACAAUAUGGUUCCUUGAUGACUUAGUGCAAAGUUUC